AUGACAUCUACUUCUAAAUAAUUAGUAUUUCCUCCAAUUGGAAAGCAUAUUGAAGAUCUAUAGAAUCAGCUAAAAGAGUCAGUUCAAUAAUAUAAAUCAGAUAGAUACAACGAAUACAAAGAAACUAAGAAUAAGAGAUUGAAAGAAAUAAAUGAGCAAAAUAAAUACAAGAUCUUUAAUAGGAAAAGUAGAAUUAUAUCAUUAAUUUAAUCAGUUUUCAAUUCUUAGAGUAAACAAUAUGGUGGAAUAUUUGAGAAGGAGAGGGACAUUUAUUUAUGCAAAGAACCCUUAUUGAAUGAUUAUCUGAAAUAUCACAUUAUAGAGCCAUAAAGAAAUUUAGAGAAAGGCCUUAUUGAGAGUAGAUUAUCAUAAUUAAAUUAGUUAAAACGGGCACAAAAGAAUUUUGUGAUGGCAGUUGUUUUGGGGAAGUUCCAUUAUAAAAAUUAGGGGAAAAGGAAAGAAAAUUAAGGGAACAUUGGUUAAAGGAGAGGGAAAGAUAAGCAAAGCUCAAGUUUAAGGCAUUAAUCGAUUCGCAAACAGGAGUUUAAAAAAAAAUAAAUCAAUCAAAAAGAUUAAAAGAAUUAAAAGUCUUUAUUCCAAAUAAAUUCUCUCUCGAUCUAUUUGAUGAACACCCAUCACAAAUAUUAGCAUUAACGUAAUUGAUAGAAUAAAAGUAUUAGUCAAUUACAUUAACAUUCAAAAACUAUGAAAUGGAAACCAAAUAAGUUUUAUGGAGAAGUAUUUGAUAAUAGCUUCUGCAAAUUAUCUGAUGAAGACAAACCUAUACUAAAAGAUAUUGAAAAAGGAGAUUAGUAAGAAUGA